AUGACGAAUCUACCGACAAUAACACUCGACACCACGCUCGCCGACCUCUACCGGCGAGCGAGCCCAAAGAAUGCGAACAAAAAGAUAGCGCAAGUUCUCUGCGGAAUCAACUCCGCCUCCGAGCUUAGCGCCAACGUUCCCCGGAACGCGAAAUAUUUGUACCAGGACAGCCCUUUCAACUCAAUCCCAAAAGAGGGAUCCGCCAACGGUCACGCAGGGGACAAGAAGCAGCAGCAAGAGCUAGCCGUCAAAUACCUAUCUUUGAUCCCGCAGCGUGACGCAUUCAUCAGCGGCGACACGGCUGUUGUCCUCUUCAACAUCGAUGAGACGGAGAAGCAAAAGGCCCAUGACAAGGAUGAGGCCCACAAAACCAUCUCAGUUCUCGCCAAGACCCAACAACCAGAUCUCAUUUUCUGCCCGGGUCCAUCAAAGAUUCCCAUCAAGGACGCUGGUAUUGACCUGAUUGCAUACAAGUUGGUUCUGGAUGGCUUGGAAGACUAUGACCUGAUUGUCCCGCCCGAGACGCACUGGUUUCUUAACUCAAAAGCUGCCCUGGCCGAGUCUGGGCUGCCGACGCCGAAGUCGAAGAUUGUGGAGCUUGAUGGACUCGCAGGAGAGGCGCGACUCUGCUGCACGCUGUGCAAAGGCGACACGGCUGAGUUCGUCAUUCCUCAAGCCUGCUCAGGUGGGCGAGGCGAAUGGUUUGAGAAGCAGAGCGAAAAGAUCUUUGCCGACCUCAAGGCGCAUCCCCUUCCGUUCGUGCUCAAGAACCAACAAACGUUUGGAGGGGCGGGCACCUACAUCAUCAACACCGAGGAAGACCGAGAAAAGGUCGUGCAGGAUUUUAGGGACGGCAUCCUUCGAAAGCUCCUGUCUUCAGUCACAGAUUCCAACGUCCACCUACGCCCUGCAGCGCUUGUACUCUCGGACCUGGUUGAGAAUCCCAUUGGAGAUUACGGUCUGACGUUUUUCGUCACUGAUGAUGGGAGCGACCCCAUCUUCCUCGCGGCUUCGGAGCAAAUGAUUGAUGACGACAAGGCGUGGAUUGGAAGCACGAUCAACUACUCACGACAGGACGAGUUGAAGAGGAAGUUUGGCGCUUUGGUCAAGAAGAUCGCCGUUUGGCUCAGGAGCCAUGGGUACGUUGGACCUGCUGGGGCUGACGUUCUUGAAACGGCACCAACGACAAACGGACAAAAGCCAAACGGCCACACAGCAAAUGGAAGACAGGAAGAAGACUUCUCCCAUUUCCACGUUGUUGAUCUCAACAUUAGGACAUCCGGGUCUCUGUGCCUCCCUCUCCUUCAAGGUCACUUUACCAGCCGUGGCUUCUGGAGUGGCUCCUCAUUUUCCAUCAGUUUGAAGAAGACACGGGCGGAGUUUAUCAGUGAGUUCAGGGAGAAGUUUGUGAGUGGACAGAUGUGCAUCAUCAGUUGGUACGAGGACCCAGACACCGGCGUUAGCUUGGCCGACGUAGCGGUGGGUGCUGAGGAUCAAAAGCGUCUGAGGAGGGCGAUGAAGAGUGUAAGAGAUGCAACGGAUGAAGUGACAUUCUAA